UCUGGUUACCGCGAGACUGUGACGAGAACUAAAAAAACGGCAACAUGGCGGCUUUAGACAAAGACAUGAUCGAGAAGGAAAUAAAAGAAGAAAAACAAGAUUCGGUUUUGAUGGACCCGAGUCAGUUAAACGCCAGAAUUAAAGAGGACGAGGGCCACAAGUUUACCAACCAGGAUCCGUACAGGCACGAGGUAAAGGAGGAGAAGUUAGACCCGGAAUUUGUAGACGAGCAAGACUGGAGCUGUGGUGUGAAGCAGGAGAACCAGGACUCGGAUGUUAUGAACUAUGACCAGAUCAUCAUCAAGAGCGACAUUAAAGAGGAAACCCAAGAUCCGGAUAUCAGCGACCAGAACCACAUCAAGAGCGACAUUAAAGAGGAAACACAAGAUCCGGAUAUCAGCGACCAGAACCACAUCAAUAGCGACAUUAAAGAGGAAACCCAAGAUCCGGAUAUCAGCGACCAGAACCCCGUCAAGAGCGACAUUAAAGAGGAAACCCAAGAUCCCGAUAUUAGCGACAAGAACUACGUCAAGUGCGACAUAAAAGAGGAAACCCAAGAUCCGGAUAUCAGCGACCAGAACCCCAUCAAGAGCGACAUUAAAGAGGAAUCCCAAGAUCCCGAUAUUAGCGACAAGAACUACGUCAAGUGCGACAUAAAAGAGGAAACCCAAGAUCUGAAUAUUAGCGACCACAACUACCACAGUGGCGGAAUAAAUGAGCAGAGCUGGAACGAGGAUCAUCGGAGCUACGACCCCACUGGACCCCAAGACAAACAGAAACACAGAGGAAGAAGGGCUUCAAGGCUGUAUCUUUAUCGGCAACAUGACCAAGCCUUCACCAGACCAUCAAAGUUAAAAAAUCAUCAGAAGGUUAAUUCUGGAGAGAAACCAUACAGCUGUGACAAGUGUGGCAAUACCUUCACUGCAAGAAGUAGCCUAAAGACCCAUCAGCUAAUUCAUAUAGAAGAAAGGCCGUGCACCUGCACCGAAUAUGGAGAAGCCUUUCACCAGCCAAAGCAUUUCAAAAUUCACUGUCCUGUUCACACUGGAGAGAAACGUCACUCAUGUGAACAAUGUCGAAAAGUAUUUUCUAGCAGGAGUUUUUUACUGAGACACCAAUAUGUUCACACGAGAAGAGGAGAGAAACCUUACUCAUGUGAACAGUGUGGGAAGGCAUUCGCUUGGAUCAGUAGUUUGCGGCAACAUCAUCAUGUUCACACCGGAGAGAAACCUCACUGGUGUGAACAGUGUGGAAAAGCAUUUUCUAGCAGAAAAAGUUUACUGAGACACAAAUAUAUUCACACAAGAGAGAAACCUCACUCAUGUGAACACUGUGGAAAAGCAUUUUCAAGCAGGAGUCUUUUCCUGAGACACCAACGUGUUCAUACUGGAGAGAAACGUCACUCAUGUGAACAGUGUGGAAAAGCAUUUUCUAGCCCGAGUUUUUUACAAAGACACAAAUAUGUUCACACUGAACAGAAACCUUACUCAUGUGAACAGUGUGGAAAAUCGUUCUCUCAGAUGAGUAACUUGCAGGCACAUCAACGUGUUCACACUGGAGAGAAAUCUCACUGGUGUGAACAGUGUGGAAAAGGGUUUUCUGAUGUCCGUUAUUUGCGAAAACAUCAAUAUGUUCACACUGGAGAGAAACCUCACUCAUGUGAACAUUGCGGAGAAGCGUUCUCUCAACGCAGUACUUUACGGACACACCAACAGAUUCACACAGGAGAGAAACCCCACACAUGUGCACAGUGUGGAAAAUCGUUCCGUGGGCUAAAUGGAUUAUUGAUACACCAACGUGUUCACACUAGAAAGAAGCCUCACUCAUGUGAACAGUGUGGAAAAGCUUUUUAUCACAGGGGUAACUUGCUCUCACAUCAACUUGUUCACACUGGAGAGAAACCUUACUCAUGUGAACAGUGUGGGAAAGCCUUCUCUCAGCUCAACAGUUUACAGACACACAAACGUAUUCACAUUGAAGAGAAACCCCACACAUGUGCACAGUGUGGAAAAGCGUUCUCUUUGAUCAGUCAGUUAUUGAGACACCAAUAUGUUCACACUGGAGAGAAGCCUUACUCAUGUGAACAGUGUGGAAAAGCUUUCUGUCACAGGGGUAACUUGCUCUCACACAAACGUGUUCACACUGGAGAGAAACCUUACUCAUGUGAACAAUGUGGAAAAGCGUUCUGUUACCUCAUUGCUUUACGGGCACACCAAUGUAUUAAUACUGAAGUGAAACUUCAGUCAUGUCAACAGUGUGGAAGAGAAUUUCUUACCAGGAGAGGUUUACUGAGACACAAAUGUGUUUACACUGGAGAGAAGCGUUUCUGAUAUGAACUUUGGAAAAGCGUUCUCUCAAUUAGGUAACUUCAUUUGACUUGUUGGUCAGCAGAAGUAUAGUAAUAUUCUACUCUCACAUGUCAAUGAAUCCAAGGAAACUAAUACCAAUGAUGAUGAUGUCAGUAUCAAACCCGAGCAGGAGAAACAAAAACGUUACACAAGAAGAAAGUUGAAAGUGAGGGGAAGUCUCAAAACAAGCAGUCAGAUCCAUAAACUGCUGUCAGUUCAGAUCCAUAAACAUUAUGUUUGUGUUAUGAUAACAGGUAACUUACACUACAAUGUGUUAGAUUGUUAAUAUCAAGGCCAAGGCAAUUUAUUGGGAUUGUUAAUUCUGUAUGUUCUUAUUGUUUGGUGCUAAAUAGUGAUAAAACAAUUUAUCAUGUGAUAAUACUUCAAAUGUUGCAAAUGUUGUUCAUUAAAAGGUUCCCUUUUAAUGAAGUUUUGAGUUUGCAUAAUUUUUAUGGACAGAAUUUCUAGGCGCAGCCAGGGGCCGGAGGGGGUCUGGUUUGGGGACCACAGGAUAGCAUCUCUGCUUUUUGCAGAUGAUGUUGUCCUGUUGGCUUCAUCAGGCCAGGACCUCCAGCGUGCGCUGGUGCGGUUUGCAGCUGAGUGUGAAGCGGCUGGGAUGAGAAUCAGUUCCUCCAAAUCUGAGGCCAUGGUUCUCGACCGGAAAAAGGUGGUUUGCUCUCUCCAGGUUGGAGAAGAGUUCCUGCCUCAAGUGGAGGAGUUUAAGUAUCUUGGGGUCUUGUUCAUGAGUGAGGGAAGGAAGGAGCGUGAGUUU